CAAGGAACUUUUCAAAGUAAUUCAAAAAACAAUGUUUUCUAUAGUAAAAGAUUUUCUUCUAUGCUUGUUUGUAUUUAACUUGUAUAGUUUAUUAAUAUGCGAAGAAAUAAAGGAAGACACAUUGGAUAGAGGUGCUCAUAGUGACCGGAAUGGUCUAUGGUUCGGACCUCGAUUGGGAAAAAGAUCGCUACCUCUAUCUUCAGAAGCCAACAGUCAAAAGUUUCUUCGACUUUUGGAAGCGGCGGACACCUUAAAAUAUUAUUAUGACCAAUUGCCGUUUUACGAAUCCCAAUUGGAUGAACCCCAGAAAGUCAUCAAGAAAGUGAUUUUCACACCUAAAUUGGGACGCAGUUUGGAAAGAAACGAGGAGAAAAGAGCAUACGAAAAUGUGGAAUUCACACCACGACUUGGUAGACGAGUCCCUGAAUCUGCCACAACACCGGAACAAGAAAUUUCUGGCCGAGAUCGUGUUGAUAUCAGAUCGGAAUAUUUCUCACCGAGAUUGGGCCGCACUGUGCAGUUUUCACCACGUCUUGGCAGGGAACUGGCAUAUGAACUCUAUCCGGAGAAUAUUAGAGUGGCAAGGAGUGUUAACAGCACAAAAUCGAAAUAAAAUGCAGACGACUGGCAAGAAUUACUAUCUACUGUGGAAUUAGUAUAAAAACAUAACUCUUCUAUCCUAUUUGAACAAACAGAGACAAAAUAUGUAAAAAUACAAUGGCAUGAAAUGGACGGUUAUAAGUUAUAAGGCAUAUUAAAUAUG